UGGCGUAGGGCGUGCGUCAGCGGCAGGCGCCCGGCGAUUGGGGCGCGCUCGCGGCCCCGGGUUUGGGGCGAAUUAUAAAGUGGCCGCCCCGUGGGCAGCAGGGAACCAGCGCGCGGCGCGGACACGACGGAUCCCGCUCACCUGCCUCCUGCGCUCGGGAUGGCGCGUUUCCUGACACUCUGCACCUGGCUGGUGGCCUUGGGCCCCGGGCUGCUGGCCACCGUGACAGCCGACUGCGUCCAGGACUGCGCCGCCUGCGUCCUGCUAGCGCGCCCCGCGGACCUCAGCGCCGAGACUUGUACUCUAGAAUGUGAAGGGAAACUGUCUUCUCUCAAUACCUGGGGAAUUUGCAAGGAGCUUCUUCACCCAUCCAAGUUGGACCUUCCUGGAGAAAGCAGCAGGGAAGCCAUCAAAUGGGAUGAUGAAGAUUGGAAGGCACUCAUGAAAAGGUACGGCGGCUUCAUGAAAAGGUACGGUGGCUUCAUGAAGAAGAUGGAUGAGCUCUAUGAGACUGAGCCAGAGGAAGCCAAGAGAUACGGCGGCUUCAUGAAGAAGGAUGCAGAGGAAGAGGAUGGCCUGAAAGAGCUGGUGGGAAUGGAGCCCCCCCGAGAGGUCAACAUCCACCAGUACAGCAGAGAAGAUGAACCACACAAGAGGUAUGGCGGCUUCAUGAAGAAGGAUGAAGAGGAAGAGGAUGUUCUGAAAGAGCUGGUGGGAACGGAGGCCCCCCGAGAGGUCAACAUCCACCAAUACAGCAGAGAAGAUGAACCAAGCAAGAGGUAUGGUGGCUUCAUGCGGGGCACCAAGAGAACGCCCGAGAUGGAAGACGAGGCCAGAGAGCUACAGAAGCGCUACGGGGGCUUCAUGAGAAGGGUGGGCCGCCCUGAGUGGUGGACCCCUUACAAGAGGUAUGGGGGCUUCCUGAAGCGCUUCGCUGACUUUCCACCCGACAAAGAGUGGUACCCAAAGAUUGACAAGAGAUAUGGAGGCUUCAUGAAGCCUUAGCUGACGCCGAGGAAGAAGAUGAAAGUUACUCCAGAGAGGGUCCCGACAAGGAGGAAAGCUUUCACAAUUAUAUAAAAGAUAUUAUGAAGUUUUAAUUUCUUGGCCCGCCGGUACCCCCCAGGUCCCAGCAACCCUCCCUCUAGGCACCCAGUGAAAAUGGCAUUGUCAUGCGUUGUACUGUCAUUGUGUUGCUUGCAUUGUGCCGUUGGCUUAAUUUUCUGGAUUAGUAACCACAGCCUGAAAGCUUCAAAGUCUGGGUUCUUUUGAGAGUCUGAAGCUCAGUACUACUGAUCUAUCACAGCUAUCUUGUUUUCAUGCUCAAAGAGUCUUUGUGUUCUUGUUCAUUGUUUUUGACAAGAGUCAGUAAAUGCUUACUUGUACAUAGAUGAAAUAAAGUCUUUACCCCAACUGCAUAA